AUGCCUCCCAACACUAUGCGCGCAGUCGUUCUUAAGGGUGACUAUAAGGUCGAAGUGGAAGACCGCCCGUAUCCUAAACUCUUUCACUCUACCGAUACGAUUCUCAAAGUUACGUCGACGGCGCUCUGUGGCAGUGAUCUGCACUUCUACCGCGGUUAUCUGAAAGCACCACCGGGCUUUAUCUGCGGCUAUGAGUUUGUUGGGGAUAUCGUGGAAAAGGGAGAUAAUAUGAAGAAUUUUAACGUCGGUGACAAGGUCGUGGUUCCCUUUUAUAUAGCCUGCGGGGACUGCUACUACUAUAUACGUAGAGAGGCCUCUCGCUGCACCAAGGGCGAGUUGUUCGGCAAUUCCGUUCCAGAUAAUAUAAUCGAUGGCGGCCAAGCUAAGUAUAUCCGGUGUCCACUCGCCGACAUAACUUUUGUCUAUGCACUAAAGGAUAUUCCCGAGGAGAUACUUGUCCUUAUAGCGGACAUAUUCCCCACAGGUUACUUCGCCGUAUCUCGCUUUCUGAAAGACCUCGAGAUACGGGAUCGCAAGAAUUUCACGGUCGCUUGCGUGGGGUGCGGCCCUGUUAGUAUUUAUGCAAUUACCUGCGCACUUACUAUGGUUAACAAGGUCUAUGCUAUUGACACCAUUCCCGAACGUCUGGAGCAAGCUGCAAAGAUUGGGGCUAUACCGAUUAAUCUCAAUGAUGAUCCAGUGCAGAAGAUUAAGGAUGCUACAGAUAGACGAGGUGCGGAUGUCGUUCUGGAGGUUGUUAGCCAUGCAGACGGCAAGAUUAGCAGUGUCGGGCUCUACGGAAAGAAUAUGACGAUUGAAUUUAGAAGAUGCCCCGUAAGAAGUAUCUUCGAGGACGCACUCGCAAUUCUUAUUCAAGAGCAGAAGAAAUUAGUAUUCCUGUGCGAGAAGAUAAUAGGCCUAGAGGAAGCGCCAAAAGCGUAUAAAGAGUUUAAGUCCAGAAAGUGGCACAAAAUUAUUUUUAAGAUAGAUAGUACUACGACAGGAAAGAUAAUCGAGGCCCUAAUAUAA